AUGAAAGAAGAAACAACAACAACAACAACAACAACAACAACAAAAAAUACAACAAAAAUAAUAAGGAAUGAAGAUGAUGAUUACGAAUUAGUUAAAGUAAUAAUAUUGGGUGAUAAUAAAACUGGUAAAAGUUCAAUUUUAAGAAGAUAUCAUUAUAAUGAAUUUGAAUUAGGAGUAUCAUCAAUUGGUGUUGAUUUCAUUAAAAAAGAUUAUGGUAUGGUAAAUGGUAAAUAUUAUAAAAUUCAAAUUUGGGAUGUAAAUAGUUGUGAUAGGUUUAGAUUAUUAACCCACUCCUAUUAUAAGGGUGCACAUGGUUUCAUGUUAUUAUAUGAUUGUACUAAUCAAGAAUCAUUUAAUAAUUUACAAUUUUGGAUCAAUGAAAUUAUAAAUAAAUCACCAAAUUCAAAUAAUUCAACAAUUGUUAUCAUUGGUAAUAAAUGUGAUUUAGUUAAUGGCAUUAAAAUUGAUCCAAUUAAAUCUAAACAAUUUUGUGAUUCAAAAUCAAUAACUUCAUUUCAAAAUGUUUCUGCAAAAGAUUCUAUCAAUAUAAAUGAACCAUUUGAAAUUUUAUUUAGACAAAUAAUUAAAAAAGGUCAUUCACAAACAGUUUCUCCAAAACAUGAUACAUAUGAAAAUAAUAAUAUUAAUAAAUCAUGUAAUAUUUUAUAA